UGAAGCAGCGCCCUCAGCAAUGGCUCGCCCUGUGCUCGUGCUGCUAGCGCUCGUUUCUGCGUGGCAGGCCAGCAGCGCCACCUUCCAGUCCGAUAUGGGUGACGGCCUGGACCCGUCUCCGCUCGGCGGACUGAGCUCUGACCAGCUGAACGCCCUGCUGGAGGGCACGGUGACCAUGCCGUACGUGCUGGUCCCCUCGCAGCUGAUGUCCUCGGUCCAGAAGCGGCACUACUCCGCUGUGCCGUCCCGCUUCCGCAGUGAGCAGUACCAGGUCUGUCGUCCCUCCUCCAACGACAUUGUGAAGUUUCUGCACGCGCUGCACCUGGCCCGCAGCGGCUCUGCUAACCAGCUGGCCCGCCUGUGCAGCGACGGCAGGCCGGCCUCCGAGAUCGACACCAACGUCCGCUUCAUCGGGUAGGCGGUGACGCGGUCAGACCGUCCCGGCAUCUGCCGCCGCUCGGCUUACACCGUGUGGUGUUUACAACCGAGCUGGUUGAUCAGACAUGGGUUCCCAGCAUGGUGGAUGCACCCUCGAUGAAUUAAUUUGUGCUUGUGUGAAUAUAUGGUAAGCUAUGAGUAU